UACUGUUUUUUGCCGCAAAGUUUGCUUUCUUCUUGAAACGGUUUUCAAGAGAAUUUGUGAAGAGGCAUGAUUGAAUGUCAAAGUUAGAUGAAAUAUUUUAUCGUGCUCCAUUGUCCCUUUGACGAUCUAACGCGAAAUGUCCAUCUACGAUAGCCGGUAUUAUUAUCUCAAUAAAUUCACCCUGUCCGUUAUCGGCCAGUGGCCGUAUCAGACGCGACUGGAGGGUAAUACGAUGUUCGGCAUCACGUUGUUCAUGUUUGGCAGUUUGACGGCCUUAGAGACUAUGGGCUUGAUAAAGGGAAUAACGAACAUAAGCAUUUUCAUGGAGAACAUGUCCCCUUUGCUGGUAAACGUCACCCUUUUCGGGAAGUUGAUCAACUUUUACUUUCAAAAAAGCAAAAUAAGAGAACUUCUGAAUUAUAUUGAGCAGCACUGGAAGAUGAUGUCAUCCGGCCGGCAGAAUGAAAUAUUACGGAGUUACGCGGAGCAAAGCAAAGUAUGGUUCAUAAGAUACGCGAUGGCUAUUUAUCUAAUGGGGCACUUAUAUUGCUUAAUGCCUUACGUCGUAAGCGGUAUAUACUCGUUUCUGUCGAACGUGACCUACUCGGCCAAAUUUUUAUAUCGUCUGGAGCAUGUUUUCGACGUUGACAAAUAUUUCCAUUUGCUCGUGUUUCACCUCUACAUUAGCUUGAUGUUUAUGUUGACGGUGGCAGUAGCGAUUGACAGCAUGUUCUUAAUAUGCAUUCAGCAUGUUUGCGCGCUGUUUGACAUCAUACGCUAUAACAUUGAACAUAUACAAAACACGGAGGUCAUAAUACUUAAGCCAAAUGUACUGUACGACGAACCAUAUCAUGUAAUAAUCGAUUGCAUCAAAAUCUACAAUAGGGCCUACGAAUUCUCCAAACUCCUAUCGUCCAGUUUCGAAAUAUCUUACUUCUUUCUGCUAGGAAACACAAUCACAUGUUUGAGCUUUAGUAUGGCUGAGGUGAAUAUGCGACAAAUUGAAAAGAUCGAGACGCUUGUGUUUUCGUUUCACUUACUUAAAUAUUUAUUAUUCAAGUUAAUAAUGGUGGAUGUCCAGUUGGAUGAGAUCAUCAGAAUCAUUGCUGCCAAUGUGGCUCAGUUAGUGCAUAUAUAUUACUUGAGUUUCAUAUCUCAACGACUGAUAGACUACAGUAGCAAGCUUCACGAAGUAAUUUAUAGCUGCAACUGGUAUACGACCUCAAAGCAAUCUAGACAGUUGUUACUAUUUACAUUAUUGCGUUUUAUGAAACCGUGCCAAAUAAAAGCAGGCAAGAUAUAUGUGUUGUCGAUGGAGAACUUCAGCUCGAUUAUACAAGUUUCCUUGUCUUACUUCACCAUGCUUACUUCACUCCAGUAGUUUCUUACGCAACUCAGGAUCAUGCAAAAAGUUUGUUUAAUUAAAAGCUUGGGUGUAUGGAUAAAAUGUUCGAAUAUAGUGAUGACCAACCUAUUUAUUUGAUACGUUAAUUUAAACACUUGUUUCUUGCACGGAAAAAAUGUAUCUUCACGUAAUAACAAGAUAAUAUAAAAAAUUUUUCAAUUUUUACAUUCCUAUCUAUUUCGGUUACAUUUCAUAAAAGUGCGAUCUAACGUGAUGA